AUGUAUCGGUUUUUGCUUUUCUUAAGUUUGUUUUCCUACGCAGCGUCGAAGUCUGAGCUGUCAUGUAGACAUAUUCGCGAAUUCGUUGAUAGGCAUAAUUAUUGGAGGUUGAAAUUGGCGAAGGGUGAAAUACCUAAUCAACCGGCGGCAUCGGAAAUGAAGUAUAUUAUUUGGGACGAGGAGUUGGCAGCAAAAGCAGCUGAAUGGGCCUCCAAUAAUCAAUAUACCCAUAACCCGGAUAAAACUGUCGGUUCAUAUCGCUUUACUACCGGUGAAAAUAUAUUCUGGACAGAAUCCACGGAUCAGUCAUACAAAUUUGAACCGAGAAGUGCAGUGGAUUCCUGGUUCAGUGAACACAAAGACUUCAACUAUGGACCUGUGCAAUCUUGGCAAUUUCUGCCUUUUGCUAAGAAGAUUGGUCAUUACACACAGGUGGCAUGGUCCGACUCAAUUUAUUUAGGCUGUGGGGUCUCUAAAGCAUAUAGAAAUGGAUGGGUUUAUUACACCGUUGUAUGCAACUAUGGACCGACUGGAAAUAACAUGGGUUGGACCCCCUAUCCCGCCGGAAGGCCGAGUGGCCAGCUCUUUCAGAUUCUCUUUAUACCCAUAUUAUGCGUAAUAUCGUCCACAUGUGCCGAGGAAAUGAUACUAGACCCACCACUCCGGGUAGAUCUUUCAUCUCCUGCAGAUGUUCAGUUCUUAACACCAUCGAACGUGAAGACUGAAUGGAUCGACAUGCCUAUAGACCACUUUGAUCCACAGAAUACUGACACUUAUAGAAUGCGCUUUAUGUUCAAUGAUGAAUUUUUUGGCGGCGAUGGCUCACCGCUUUUCAUUCUUGUGGGAGGGGAAUGGGACAUCGUUGAAGGCUGGUUACGAGCUGGGAACAUGUAUCUUACAGCGCAGGAAAACAAAGGUUACAUGUUCUAUACAGAACAUAGAUAUUAUGGAGAGUCGCUUCCAUACCAAAAUUUCACAACUGAAAACCUACGCUUUUUAAAUGUAGACCAAGCAUUGGCUGACUUGGCAUAUUUUAUACGUGAAAUGAAAAGUCAUCCACGGUUUGCUGAAAGUAAAGUGAUUUUAUUCGGUGGGUCAUACGCAGCUAACAUGGUUAUUUGGUUCAAACAGAGGUAUCCACAUUUGGUCGAAGGCGGUGUCGGAUCCAGUGGUCCAAUUUUAGCCAAAGUAGAUUUUACAGGAUAUUUAGAGGUGGUUCAUCGAGCGUUUCAAUCGGAAUGCGGUGAUCAAAUGAUAGCGACAAUCAGACAGGGUAUAAUUGACACUGUAGCUUCCAUGUCCACUGAGGAAGGUAGACGAAAUUUGGAAAGGGCAUACAGAUUGUGCAGACCGCUUAACUAUGACAAUGAAUUCGAGCUGGGAUAUUUUUCAGGGUUUAUAAGUUGGACAUUUUCCGGAUCCGUACAACAAGCGCGCCCGGGAACUCUUCGGUCAAUUUGCAACAAUUUUGAUUCUUACGGAACAACACCAAUGGAAAAGAUCGGUGGUUAUAUUGCAGCCAUGCGUGAGAUAGUAAAUUGUACUAAUAUUUCUUAUGAAAGCUAUGUAAACCGCUACAGGUAUACAAAUGAUAAUGGUCGAGCAUGGUAUUACCAGACAUGUACCGAAUAUGGUUAUUACCAAACAGCCCCAAGAAGCGGCACAGUUUUCGACCAAUUGCGAUGGCUCUCGGUACCAUUCUACGUUGAUUUAUGUAAACAGGCAUUCGAUCAAAGAUUUGACGAAGCCUUCGUAAAUGCAGCAGCGGACCGCAGCAACAGAGUCUUUGGUGGUUUAAAUCCUCAAGUGAACAACACAAUAAACAUCCAUGGAGUUAUUGAUCCCUGGCACGACCUUGGAGUUUAUGAUCGCGAUUUGUCGGAAACAUCGCCUACCUACACUGUAACGAGGGCCUCUCACUGCUUCGACUUGCAAAGUUGGCUUACAACUGAUACGAUACGUAUGACUAACGCGCAACAAGCAGCGCGAAGACUUAUAGCCAGUUGGCUUCGAUAA